UAUAUAUAUAAGGGAAAUGUUAACCGAAUAUCGUCUCAACAAUUCGUUGAUUAUUAUUCGUCGAUCUUUCCUAUUUCUUCUUUAUUAUAACCAGACGUUUUUAUAUUUAUAGGAGCAAAUAUCUGUUAUUAUCAGAGCAAACUCAAUUAUCUAGUGACUGUGUAUUGUCUCAUCUUAAGGUUAUCCUGCUGCAUGAAGCAAGGCAUGUUCCGGAUACCAAAGUCUACAAUGCCUACAUCCACUAUAACAACGAUUGCAAAACGUCCCAAACAGAUGCAAAGCUGUCUAUAUACUUCAUAUGAAUGCACACAACCUUGUCUGGAAGGAUAUUCAUAUUGUGUUAAGCAUAUUCUCGAAGAUUCUAAUGCACCUUAUAAGCAAUGUGCUUUUGUAUAUAAUACUAAUGGGAGAAAAUGUCAAAAUCCAGCCCCAAAAUCAGACAGGAGAGAUGUCUCAUAUUGCAGCGAACAUUCUAGAAAAGCACAAAUUGCUCGAAUCAAAUCAACAUCACGACGUUCCUUACCGGAAACACCUGAGAUGCUGUUACUUAACUUGAGUCAUUAUGUCAAACCUGCUGACACUAGUACUGAAGAUAUGGAAGGGGAGAAAGGAAGAGUAAAAGCUUUAGAUCCUUUCACCGAAGUUGAUGCUUACAGAGUAAAUGCGAGUGGAAGUGAUAUCUUAGACUACGCUAGUUCGUCAGAGAGUGAUGUUGAGCCUACAGUUGUCACUGACACUCUGAGGGGAGUUUAUCUCGAUGAUAGUGACAAUGAGAGUUUACACAGUCCACAGGAGGAUCCCUUAAAGCAUGCUGGCAUCUUCACCGCGGAAGAGGUGAUUUAUAUCGCAAGAGAAAAACUGAUUAGACUUCAGUCUCUUUAUAUCGAUCAAUUUAGAAGGCUGCAGUAUGUACUACGGGAGAAAAGACGGAAAUAUUUGCUCGCUCUAAAGAAAGAAAAGGAAACAUUAUGUAGCAUACAUGAUCAGACUAAGGAAACUGCAAAGGAGAAAAAGCUCUACGAGAAAUUGAAAGCUUUAAAUCGCUAUCAUAGACGGAGUGGCGUUGAAGCGAUACUUUAUAGGAAGUCAUUAGAACGUCGCGCACAGGUAACCGAGCCACUUCAAAAACCACCUAACGUGUCUAAAUGUGUGUUCACUGAAGGUGGUGUGAAAUGUGGUGAAAGAACACUCCCGUCAGCUAAGCAUUGUCGUAAACAUAUUCUAAAGGAUCAACAUCAAGUUUUGUUUAAAGCAUGCGGAGCAGUACGAGCGGAUAUCGAAUGUCACGAACCUGUGCCCGUAAUUUUCGAUUCCAAUUGUGUAUUUCACAUGAAUUUGCCGCCGCCGUGCAAAUUAGAGUCUAUGAAGUUUGAGGAGGAGAAACCCGUAAAACAAGAGAUGUUGAUGACCGACAAUCAAUCAAUGGAGAUUGAUGUGGUAGGCGAGACGCAAGAGAUUGAUCCCGACGAUGAUAUGGCGGGAUUAAUGAGAGAAAUGAAUGAUUCCGCUAAUUUAAAACCUUCGUUUGCGAAUGAGAGUUUGAAUAGUGAAACCAGCACAGAUACAGCAUUCAGUUUAUCGGCGCAGAUGAGCGAUCGAGAUGACUUCGUUACCGUAUGACCAAAUAUUCUUACGUGAUUUUCCCCUUGAAAUAUCGAUACUACUUUGCCGUCGUGAUUGAUAAGAAUGUCAUAGUGUACUAUGCUUUCUGUCUAAUAUUUCCUGUUAGAACAAAAAUUUUUUAGCUUGGUUAAAAAAUGAGCGAGUGAUUACAUGCAAUGAUUUUAUCGUCGUUUAAUCUGUCUAAAUCAAAUAGUUAAGAUAUUUGUAUAUAAUUUAAAAAAUAGAUCACACAUAUAAGAGAGAUUGCUUAAUUGCUGAAUCUUAUUUAAUUAUUUUAUUAGUUUUGAAAUUAUCGAUAUUAAAUUUUAUUUUAUAAGAAGCUUUAAUGCUCCGUAAAAUACGUAUUUAAUUCUAAGAAAUAAACACAAAAUUAUUUUUAUAA